AAAUAUGCAAGACCACCACCAAAGAAAUAUGCAGAACUACUAUCAAAAAAACAUGCAAGACCACUACCAAAGAAAUAUGCAAGACCACCACCAAAAAAACAUACAAGACCACUACCAAAGAAAUAUACAAAUCUACCCACUAGAGAAACAUGUGAGACCACACACCAAGAAAAAAAAUCUAACAGUGAUACCAACAAUGACACAAAAAAGAAAAUCUAA